GCCACCGCCACGCCAACGCCACCAUGAGGGACACGGACUUGGCCUCCUCGGCGCUGCGGACCUGCGGGUGCGCCCAUCGGUACCAACCUAAGCAGCACAACAACAGAACAGGACGCAGCCUGUCCGCCACGCCGACGACGGCCUUCUCCUUGAGCAGGCCGACCACGCCCACGUCCAUGAGCCACGCGGGAUUUUCACCGCUGACGGAAGAGCUUCGGUCGCUCUCAGAACCACAUCUUGACCUCUACCACAACGACAGUGUCGCGGGGAGCACUACCAGCAGUGAGCGCGCGAGCCGCCCCCGGGCGACGCACUGGAGCCGUCGGACGCCCGAGGAGCUGGCCCGACUAGCGCUACUCCGCACCUCGUCCCGCUCCCCCGUGGCCCACUGCGAACCGCCAUGGUCCCGUCCAGGGUCCCGUCCAGGGUCCCGUCCAGGGUCCCGCGCGGGGGCGCGUCCCUCGGUGGGCACCGGCUACGGCCACUCGUACUCGCUGCCGAGGCCCUUCGACACCACGCCGACGGGGUCCGGGCGGCCGCCGCAACCAGUGCAGCAGCCGCAGCAGGGCUGGGUAGCCGUCGGCGCCAGGUUCGAGCGCGCGCGGCCUCCGCCCCUGCAGGGCCCGCAGCACAACGGCGGCACCAAGUUCGAGAGGUCCAGGACGCCGUCGCAGAGCGGCGCCACGUACUACCGCGGCAGAAGCAGGAGCGGGGUCUCCGGCUGCACCUGCAACAGUGGGUGGCAGCAUCAGCGCCCCAUUUCGUCCAGGACCAUGUCGGUUGAAUCGUGCCUGCACUUGGAGUGGGAGGACAGCGGACCCCCAUCCCCGCAACACAGAUACAAAUCGGAGUUUCAUCUGCAGCCCCGCUGCGUCCCAACCGGCUACGGAAGCACUGUCCUUCGUAGGAAGGACUCAACGUGGAAGAGGUUCGUCGAGGAAGUCCGAUUCGAGAAAUGUAUGGUUCCGGACCAGUCACCAAAGCCGCCAAGUGCGUGUUCCCCGCCGCCGACUGUACCCGCAACACCCACUGCAGCACCCACUGCAGCAGCAACUGCAGCACCGGCCCCAGGCCCGCCGCCAGCGCCGCCACGCCGCUACCGGUCCGAGCUCGAAGUGUGGAUCUCGGGCGGCCCGCGCCUGGCGGGCAGGCAACCCAACGCACACGCCGUGGAGGCGUCUGCCUAACUCGCGGGCGCAGCAUUCGCCCCUGGCGGGCGGCGACACGAUCUUGGCGACGAGCUCCGCGAUCCGCUAUUUUACGCUGGCUAUCAGGUCGCGUGCGUGACUAGUUCCGGGCACAGUGACUUAUGCGAGGAAAAGAAGCCAUCGCACCGCAGCGCCCGUCGCGCUGUCUCCCUCGCACUCACGUGGCGUCCCGCUGGCGUGCGAGUGAGACAGCGCGACGAAGCGCGGUCCAGAAUCGGCCUGCCGGAGCGUCAAAACAGAACGGUGUUUUGGCGCGGGAGGCCACAGGACGGGGCGAUAUGUUAGUAAAUACAACAAGGGGUGUCCGGUGGGCUUUCUUCGGGCGCCUCGCGUCCUGGGCGUCCGGGCGUCCGGGGCAAUGGUCCGUGAUGGCCGAUAGCCUCACACACAUCUUGGCACGGCGCCGCGACCUAACCUUUCCGUCCUCUGUCCUUUCAUUAUUUCUGCUACAUUUCUACCACGAGUGUGGAGCCGAGCCGAGUAGGGAGCGCCCGCGACGGCCCCGGGACCGGCGACUGAAACCUCCAACUCCAGUGACGAUUGAUUCAGUAGGAUGCUUAGCAAAACUGUUCGAAGCAAAAUACAUGACCUGCUUGAUUUCCAA